ACAAAGGUCCUACCUGUUCAGCCUAAGCAGCAGAACCUCAUCUCUUUAUCAGGCGCAAGCAUGCCGACUCCUUGUGCGUGCCGUGUGGACAAGUGUUCGAGAGAGUCGCAGACCUUCCUCUUCAGAUGGCGCAGCAGAAGGUGGUGCUCAAGGUCUUGGCCAUGACAGAUGAGAGGGCAAAGCGAAAGGCCAUGGAAGCUGUUGCUGAUAUCUAUGGAAUCGAUUCAAUAGCUGCAGACCUGAAAGAACAGAAGAUGACCAUUAUUGGUGAGAUGGACGCUGUAAAAAUCGCCAACAAAUUGAAGAAAAUAGGAAAGGUUGAUAUAGUGUCAGUAGGACCAGCUAAAGAAGAGAAGAAAGAGGAGAAGAAAGAAGGGAAGAAAUAGUUCAGUAGAAAUCUCCUGCUCAUACUAAACUGAGAACUGAUUUUGUAUUUUACUUUGGCAGCAUCAAUAAAAUUUCAGAACAUGUUUUACUGAUCUAAAUGUUAUCAGUUUCAUGCUCUUCUUCCAAUAAA